AAUCCCUAAAAUCCCCAAAUCGUUCUUCUUAGCUAGUCCAACAAUUCCCCUAGUUUCCAGAAGAUACAAACAGCGACCGACCUAUAUGGGAUAACGUAAUUGACUCCGUUCGAUUCGAUUCAGCUGAUGUUUAAGGUUAUCUCAAUCUUUGUCUCUGUCCGAUAAUGGUUAAUUCGUUCAAGGUGUCGUCGUUUAUCUUUAUGGGAAAAGGAUGUCAGACUUGCGUAGGGUUGUCAGUCCUUCUUUGAACAAAGUUAUUCCUGAGAAGGAACCGGUGAUCGGGAACUACAUCAAGACUCGAGCAGCGGUAGCAAGGGCAGCGGCGGCUGAAGCGGCCGCGGCCGCUGAAGCGGAUCAUCUGAGGGAGCAGGAAUUGAUUCUGAGUAGUGAAAAUAACAGGUUUUUGAAGUCUUUGAAGAGGACUUUAAUUGGAGUAGGUGCGGAGAUGGUGGAUAAUAGUGGUGGUUUGAGUGCUAAUAAAGCUAAUGGACAAGAAGAAGAAGGGAAUACUACUCCUUUCCCUGAUAAGGUUCAAGUUGGAGGAUCACCAGUAUACAAGGUUGAGAAGAAACUAGGUAAAGGUGGUUUUGGACAGGUCUUUGUUGGAAGACGAAUGUCUGGUAUUGUUGGACCUCUGGAGGUGGCUUUAAAGUUUGAGCACAGAAAUAGCAAAGGUUGUAGCUAUGGACCUCCAUAUGAGUGGCAAGUUUACACCGUUCUUGGCGGGAGUCAUGGAGUGCCUAGGGUUCAUUUUAAAGGAAAACAAGGAGAGUACUAUGUAAUGGUUAUGGAUAUGCUGGGGCCUAGCUUAUGGGAUGUUUGGAAUAAUUCAGGACAACAGAUGUCCACAGAAAUGGUAGCAUGUAUUGCAGCUGAGUCCUUGUCCAUCCUAGAGAAGUUGCAUGCAAGAGGCUAUGUUCAUGGAGAUGUAAAACCAGAGAACUUUUUACUUGGUCCAGCGGGUACGCCACAAGAAAAGAAGCUGUUUCUUGUAGACCUUGGUUUAGCAACAAAGUGGAGAGACAGUUCUAGCGGUCUUCACAUUGACUACGAUCAGCGUCCUGAUCUAUUUAGGGGAACUGUUAGGUAUGCUAGUGUACAUGCUCAUCUAGGAAGAACUGCCAGCAGGAGAGAUGACCUAGAAUCUCUUGCCUAUACACUUAUUUUUCUUCAUAGAGGCAGGUUGCCAUGGCAAGGAUACCAGGGUGAUAAUAAGUCUUUUCUAGUCUGCAAGAAAAAGAUGGCCUCAUCCCCUGAAGCACUGUGCUCCCUUUGUCCAGUGCCACUUAGGCAGUUCCUUGAGUUUGUGGUUAACAUGAAAUUUGAUGAAGAGCCUAAUUAUUCCAAGCUAGUUUCUCUAUUUGAGGGACUUAUUGGACCAAAUCCUUCUAUACGACCGAUAAACACCGAUGGUGCCCAAAAGAUUAUCUAUCAAGUUGGACAAAAGAGAAGUAGACUAAAUGUAGAUGAAGAAGAUAAUGGAAUGCCUCUGAAAAAGAUUCGAUUAGGAGUGCCAGCUACCCAGUGGGUUUCGGUAUACAAUGCUAGGCAACCUAUGAAACAGAGGUAUCACUAUAAUGUAGCAGACGGGAGAUUAGCUCAACAUAUAGAUAAAGGAAAUGCAGAUGGUCUUCUUAUAAGUUCCGUAGCAUCUUGUUCCAACUUAUGGGCGCUUAUUAUGGAUGCUGGAACUGGUUUCAGAAACCAACUUUAUCAGCUAUCGCCUUUAUUCUUAAACAAGGAAUGGAUCAUGGAACAGUGGGAGAAGAAUUUUUACAUUAGUUCUGUUGCUGGAUCAACUAAUGGAAGCUCUUUGGUAGUCAUGUCCAAAGGCACUCCAUACUCUCAGCAGUCUUACAAAGUUAGUGAUUCUUUUCCAUUCAAGUGGAUCAGCAAGAAAUGGAGAGAAGGUUUUCAUGUGACAUCCAUGGCCACUGCUGGGACCAGGUGGGCUGUUGUCAUGUCAAGAAAUGCUGGAUUCAGUGAUCAGGUUGUUGAGCUUGAUUUUCUUUAUCCAAGCGAAGGAGUUCAUAGAAGGUGGGAUGGAGGUUAUAGAAUUACUUCAGCAGCUGCUACAAAUGAUCAAACUGCUCUCAUAUUGAGUGUUCCUAGACGCAGACCUAGUGAUGAAACACAGGAGACUCUUCGCACUUCACAGUUCCCAAGCACCCAUGUCAAGGAGAAAUGGGGAAAGAAUCUGUAUCUAGCAUGCGUUUGCUAUGGAAGAACUGUGUCUUGAUUAUUAUGGUCAGGAACAGAAUCAAUGAAAUGGCAAAUCCCAAUGUAUGAUCGAUAAUCUCUCGCACUACUUACUUACUCUUUUUUUUUUUGUUAAAUCUACUUUUGUUUGUCGGUUUGUUUGUCUGUCUGUCAUGGUAAUUGUAAAAGUAAACUAUGUUUAAGAAAGAUGUGAUCUGAAUACAUCUUUUUUGUACAUGUUUAAUUACACCUGAGUUUUUUUUUAUGUUGGUUUUGGUGUACUAGCAAGGGAAAAACCCUGUCUAAGUAUAAAUGGAAGGAGUUUUUAUUCC